UGGAGACAGCCUGUGGACAUGGCAACUGGGCAGUAGAAAGAGGCGACAGUGAACGAGAAUUCCACGUCGAGUGUUGUCGAGUCCUGUACUGGUGGCCGUGUUACCAUGACGAGCAAGUUUUAUUAUUCACUUUGAGGUGUGUUGCUAAUCUGGAGGUAACUAUGCAGUGCCCUCUUAAUUCACUCCUUACAGAGGAGUCUUCCUUUAUAAAUUUAUAUAUAGUGGCCUUUAUUAAUAUUGAACAAAUUAUACUCUUUAAUAUAUUUAUUGUUGCUGACAUUUUGUCGUGCAGCAGUUUUAUAAAAAAAAUCCCCACUCCAAGACGCAGAGAUGAAAGUUGUUAUUCAGAGAGUGAAAUCCGCGUCCGUCACCGUCGACAACUGCCUUGUCUCGUCGAUAGGCCGGGGCCUACUGGUUCUCGCCGGCGUGGGGAAGGAAGACACCGAGAAGGACGUAGAAUCGCUCGUUUCGAAAGUUCUCAAAGCCAAACUAUGGGCUGACGACGCAGGCGGGACGUGGAAGAAGAACGUCCAGGAUAUUGAAGGCGAAGUCCUUUGUGUCUCCCAAUUUACCCUCUACGGUCAAAUCAAAAAAGGCAACAGGCCUGAUUUUCGUGACGCUGCCGACGCCGAGACCGCGCGUCGACUCUACGACCUAUUUUACCGACGCAUGGGCGAGCUAUACAACCCGGAACGGAUCAAGAACGGCGUGUUCCAAGCGAUGAUGGAUGUCGAGCUCAAAAACGACGGGCCGGUGGGUGUAGAUUACCGCAGUGAGGAUGCGGCGGUAACCAUUGAGAUCAAUACGCAACUUCCCAAGUCCGAGAAGAAAUUUGGCGAUAAAAAGGACAAAUCUGCGGAAGACAAGGGGGACGAGAACAGGAAAACCAUCGAAUUCCAAUUCCCAGCAUCUCUGUUAGAAUGA